CCCGGUCCAGCUCUCCUCUGCCCUAAUCACGAUGAGUCUACAUCCAGAAUGACUGGUGGCACCUGUCCUACGUGAAGACAUUAGGACAGAAUAUUUAAGUCCAAGACUUCCUGACAAUCUGACUUGGUUCCGCCAGCUUGCUAACCCGACGCUGGCCUGAGAGGCAGCGGGCAUGCACUGCUGCUCCCUGAACUCGUGACCCUAACCUCCGGGAAACGGCCACGCAGCCCUGUCCAGCAGCAUACGUUCAAUAUGGCCCGAACCCCCACCCGGUUCUAGGAUUUUAGAAAACUAGUGAACAAGACAGAAACAGCCCCAGCCUCCCAGGAGCAUGUUAUCUAACAAACGAUUCAGUUAAGGAAACUCACAGGAAAACAAAGCAAAAUAAAAGCAAACACUCCAAUGUGGUUGACGCUAUGCUGCGGGGCGAGCUCAGCCACUGCCAACCUGAGUUAGGGACAUGAACUCUACGACUCCCUCCCAGGAGAUCCAGAGAAAUAUUCAAGAGACCCUUCCCCCUGACCCACGGUAUUGGAGACGACUCAGAAAGGGAGCGGAUGGCCACUGAAUUGCGUGGCUUUGGGAAGAGUCACGAAUGAGGCAGGCACUCAGCCUGGGGAAGGCAGUUCAGUGGCUGGGGCUGGGACACUGCAGGGGGCUUUAAGGAGAGCGUGAGGCGGCUGGUGAGCAGGGAGGAAGAUGCAGCACGGAACAGAAAGGGUAGACAGAGUGCAGAUAAAACAUGACUCCCAGAGGGCCCUAGCCAGCUGCAUCCUAGGCAAUCAGGAGCGGGGAUUGGAGACCCCACCCCUGCCGUGACAUCACAGGGGAGUGGGGUGGAGACGAACAAAAAGGGGGUCCCCCGCCCUGGCCUUGGACUCUUGGCAGCCCAGGGUGUCAAGAGCAGAGAGAGCCUGGGCGCUGCGCUAGGGUCUCCUGACUUAAAGGACCAGGCUCCCCUCCAAGCGGUUCCCUCCAGGCUUUGAGCUCUGUCUCCCUGUCCCGAGGACCUGUCCCUCCUGAGGCCACCACUGGGUCCCUCCUGAGUGGCCCCCGAGCGCUCUCUCAGUAUGAACUGCGUGUCAGAUUUCUUCACCUACGAGACCACCAAGUCGGUGGUUGUGAAGAGCUGGACCAUUGGGGUCAUCAACCGGGCAGUCCAGCUUUUGAUCAUCUCCUACUUUGUGGGGUGGGUUUUCUUGCACGAGAAGGCUUACCAGGUGCGGGACACAGCCAUCGAGUCCUCGGUUGUCACCAAAGUAAAAGGCUUUGGACGCUAUGCCAACAGAGUCAUGGACGUGUCUGAUUAUGUGACCCCACCCCAGGGCACCUCUGUCUUUGUCAUCAUCACCAAGAUGAUAGUCACCGAAAACCAGAUGCAAGGAUUCUGCCCAGAGAGCGAGGAGAAGUAUCGCUGUGUGUCGGACAGCCAGUGUGGGCCUCAGCGCUUCCCGGGUGGGGGGAUCCUCACGGGCCGCUGCGUGAACUACAGCUCUACGCUCCGGACCUGUGAGAUCCAGGGCUGGUGCCCCACCGAGGUGGACACGGUGGAAAUGCCUGUCAUGAUGGAAGCCGAGAACUUCACCAUUUUCAUCAAGAACAGCAUCCGGUUCCCCCUCUUCAACUUUGAGAAGGGCAACCUCCUUCCCAACCUGACCGCAGCCGACAUGAAGACGUGCCGCUUCCACCCUGACAAGGCCCCCUUCUGCCCCAUCUUGCGGGUGGGGGACGUGGUCAAGUUUGCGGGGCAGGAUUUCGCCAAACUGGCCAGGACGGGUGGAGUCCUCGGUAUUAAGAUCGGUUGGGUGUGUGACCUGGACAGGGCCUGGGACCAGUGCAUCCCCAAAUACUCCUUCACCCGGCUGGAUGGCGUUUCGGAGAAGAGCAGCGUGUCCCCAGGCUACAACUUUAGGUUUGCCAAGUACUACAAGAUGGAGAAUGGCAGUGAGUACCGCACCCUCCUGAAGGCUUUUGGCAUCCGCUUUGAUGUGCUGGUGUACGGGAACGCUGGCAAGUUCAACAUCAUCCCCACCAUCAUCAGCUCCGUGGCAGCCUUCACCUCCGUGGGAGUGGGGACUGUCCUCUGCGACAUCAUCCUACUCAACUUCCUCAAGGGGGCUGACCAGUACAAAGCCAAGAAGUUUGAGGAGGUGGACGAGACAACACUGAAGGUCACUGCCUCGGCCAACCCCGUGUACCCCAGUGACCAGACCACCGAGGAGAAGCAAUCCACGGACUCGGGGGCCUACUCCAUCGGCCACUAAGGCCUCUUCCGGGGCCCCAUUCUCACCCUUGGGCUCCGGGCCUCCCCAUAGGGCACCCCACCUGGGCAAGGGAAGGGGCUUUCAUUUCUGCUGCUCACCCCAUGAAGCCACACUGGACCCAGGUGUCUGGGCCUCCCAGUGUCUAGCAGACAGGGGUACCUGCUAAGACCCCCAUCUCUCCCUCGCCCUUUGCCUUGCCCCUGUCUGCUUCCCGGAACCCCCAGGGCAGCAGCACAUGUACUGUCCCCCUGCUAAAGAGUAGAGAGCAUAAUAGUCAUGACAAGUGGCCGCCAGGCACUACCCCGUGCCAGGCAGUGUCACACACCUUAGCUCAUUUAACCCUUAGAAUAAUGAGGUAGAUAUUA